GUUAUUGUAAUCAAUUAAGAUGUGGAGGGUGGUAGUGUUGGUUUGUGCGUUGGUGGCCGCCGGCGCCGGUCAGGAAACUGAGGAAACGGAGUCGAAGGUGGUGAACAUCACCCAAGGACAAAUCAGGGGGUACAAAGCGGCCAACCAUGAUGUGUUCGAAUUCUUAAAUGUCCCGUACGCUCUUGCACCCACUGGUACAGACAAGUUUAAGGCUCCCUACACAAUAAAUUCAAUAUUCAUGGGAGUUUUUCCCGCAGUUGAUCGAGGGAUCCUAUGCCCUCAGAGCAUCUCCGCGCUUUUUCCUGAUGACUCACCUUUUAACUUCCAAGAAGACUGUCUAGUCGCGAAUAUACACGUGCCGAAUACAAACGAAACUAACCUCCCAGUUCUGGUGUUAGUUCACGGUGGAGCCUAUUUAUUAGGAGCAGGCAUAUUCCAUAAAGCUAAUGGUCUGGCUAGUGACGCUAAUAUUAUCGUUGUCACCUUCAAUUACCGCCUCGGACCCCAUGGUUUCCUAUGCCUUGGCACAGAUGAUGCCCCUGGGAAUGCUGGUAUGAAAGAUCAGGUAGCAUUGUUGCGCUGGGUACAAACCAACAUUGCUGGGUUCGGAGGCAACCCUAACGAUGUGACGAUAAGUGGCUGUAGCGCGGGAGGGUCAUCAGUAGACUUGCUCAUGCUCUCCAAUAUGACCGACGGCCUGUUUAACAAGGUUAUUGCCGAAAGUGGUUGCAGCAUAAACCCAUUUUCAACACAAAUAAAUCCCAUCCAAAAUGCAAGGGAUUAUGCUCAAAGUCUUGGUUUCACGAACGCGAACGUGAGCAGUUUAGAGGAUUUGGCAGAGUUUUACACAACAACACCUCUUUCCGAUCUAUUUAGCUCUACUCUGUUGGACAUGUCCUCUACCAAAAAUUCUUACUUUACUUUCCAACCUUGUGUAGAGGCAAAUAUUGGCCAACAAAGAUUUCUAGAAGACGCGCCUAUAAAUGUUUUGAAGAGUGGUAAUUUCAAAAAUCUACCAGUUAUAUAUGGAUAUGCUAAACAUGAAGGUUUAUUCAGAAUUAUGCAGCUCAACGAAUGGACCGUUGCAAUGAAUGAAGAUUUCUCACAAUUUUUACCAGCUAACCUGCAGUUCGAAAACGAAACACAAAAAGUUGAAGUAGCUAAUAUGGUUAAAGAAUUUUAUUUUGGACCUGGAGAGAUCAGCGAGUCUUCUGUUUCUCAGUACAUUAAUUAUUUUACUGAUGUGUUAUUCCUAAGUGGAAUACUUCGUAGUGUUUCAUUGCGAGUUGGAGCUGGUCAAGAUAAUAUUUAUUUAUACGAAUACUCUUUCACACACAAUGAAUCUACAAGUAUACCGAAUGCUGAUGAUCGAGGCGCUGAUCACUGUGAUCAAUUUGACAUUCUAUUAGACCACUCAUUACCUGAGAGCUUAUCAGAGGAUCGGACUAAUAUGUCACAAACGAUGAGAGAGAUUAUAUCUAACUUUAUUAGCACAGGGAACCCAACCCCAUCAGAAUCUUCCUUGCCGACAUGGCCGCCAGUGGCCAGUGCCAACCGGUUUCCGCACUACUCCAUAGGUGACACCAUUCAAGUUGCUGGCAUUCCAGUUGAGAGCAGAGGCGCCUUCUGGGACGCAAUUUAUGACGUCUAUGAAGCAAUACCUCAACAACCAGUAGAAAAUGAACCAGAGGCAGAGCCAACUACGACUGAGACACCGGAAGAUGAAAUAACGACUACAGAUUCCUAUGAUGAAGAAACGACUACAGAGACAGCUGAAGAUGAAGAAACGACUACAGAGACAGCUGAAGAUGAAGAAACCACUACAGAAACAUACGAAGAUCAAGAAACGACUACAGAAGCAUAUGGAGACGAUGAAACAACUACAGAAGCAGAUGACGUAGAACCGACGACAGAGGGAUAUAACUCUGCUAACAACAUAUUUUCUCAUCAGCUUUGGAUGUUGUUCACGGUUGUCGCUGUAAUAGCGUUUAAGUAGGAAUUUUGUAAUGUGCUAUUAUGUAGGCCAGGCAGAGCUUCGCUCUUUGAGUGAAGGAAAGAACUAGGCGAUCUUCUUAUGUUGAUUAAUUUCAAACUCGGUAAUAGGGAUGUUUCCUGGGUAAAAAAGCAAGAGUUUUAAUUAGUCCGUCAGUUAGCUUAUCAAAAACUACUCGACACGUAUUUUUCACUGUUUAAAACUAAUGAAAAUGUAAAGAGAUAAAGCGUGCCAAAGUUCUAAAGAAAUGGCCCGUGACGUCAGUGAGUGCGUAAAAGUGCAGCACUUAGUGACGUCGCGCGGAACUUCAACGCACUAUAACUUUGUAAUUAUUUGUUUGAUUGACAAUUAAAAAUAUACGUGUCCAAUAUUUUUUUAUACUAAAAUUGACGAUUUAAAAAAAAUUUUUUAGGAAACUAUCCUAUUAUAGAUUUAAGUUACUUUAAAGACUGCAUUUGUGCAAGUGGAUUUAUUUGGAUUUCAAAGUAAGACAAAUAGAUUAGGUACAUACUCAAUAUAAUUUAUUGGCCUAAUUAGAUUUUACAUGACACGUGUUAGUGAAUAAGUAAUAAAUUAUGUUCGAACAUAAA